GUGAUAAUCACGCAAGUUUUUUUCCCUCGGCCUGAAGGACAGCGCGCCACGGGCGGGAGAAGAGAUGGUGUCAAACUUCAUCGUUGUGUUUAUGGUUGCUUAUUUUAGUUCCAAGGUCUGCUGAUAGUGGUUCCUGCGCCUGCGCAUAUUUUAGAUUUGGUAACAUUUUCUCCUCCUCGCAGUUCUAUGAGUUCGCUGUCUCCUCAGCUUCAGAAAAAUUGGUCAGCAAGAAUCUUUGUUGUGCACCUUCCAGGCGACCCUGGACUCGGUAAUGCUAGCGUUCGGCUUGUUCUUGGCCACCGUUCAUCGGUGGACUUAGUGCUCUCCCACCUGGAUCCCCAGCCGGGCCCCUCUAACGUGCGAGACCCGAUAAUUGUGUGGCCCAAAUUUGGCCUGCCGCCAAAUACAGGUGUUCUGGUCAAUGGAUACUACGCGUUCGGUGAUAUCUAUCAGCUCGACCGAAAUUCAGAGCCUCCACUGGCGGAUGUGUACGGAAAGAGUGUGGAUCUGAGACCCCCCACAAGAAUUGGAUACCUGCGGGAGAAUAAAGUUUUGACGGACAGGAAUGCCGUACGUGUCGCUCUCUCUCCGAAACAGAAUGUGGCAGUAAAAAAGCAGUACCACAUGACACGCAAGGAAAUAGGAUCGCUAAUUGGGAAGAAAGGAAAGGAUAUCGAGCGAAUCCGAGAACAGACAACAGCAAAGAUCAAAAUACACGACACCGCAGACACAGAAAACGUGGCUGUGGGUCCUGGCAUGAACCAAAUGCAACUGCUGGAAAUUAUUGGACUCCAGGAAGAAGUGAAGCAAGCCGAGCAGCUGAUCCAGAAGAAAAUCAGCCAGUGGCGUGCUACCAAAAGUUGA